AUGGGUGAAUUUAGGGUCCAUCGAGUACGCUUCUUUAAUUAUGUUCCAUCAGGGAUCCGCUGUGUGGCUUACAAUAACCAUUCAAACAGAUUGGCUGUUUCACGAACAGAUGGCACUGUGGAAAUUUAUAACUUGUCAGCAAAUUACUUUCAGGAAAAAUUUUUCCCAGGUCAUGAAUCUCGAGCAACAGAAGCUUUAUGUUGGGCAAAAGGACAGAGACUUUUCAGUGCUGGACUCAAUGGAGAAAUUAUUGAGUAUGACCUGCAGGCAUUAAACAUCAAGUAUUCAAUGGAUGCCUUUGGAGGACCCAUUUGGAGCAUGACUGCUAGCCCCAGUGGCUCUCAACUUUUGAUUGGCUGUGAAGAUGGAUCUGUGAAAUUAUUUCAAAUCACCUCAGACAAAAUCCAGUUUGAAAGGAAUUUUGAACGGCAGAAAAGUCGCAUCCUGAGUCUCAGCUGGCAUCCCUCUGGUACCCACCUUGCAGCUGGCUCCAUAGACUACAUUAGUGUGUUUGAUGUCAAAUCAGGAAAUACUACUCAUAAGAUGAUUGUGGAUAGACGCUACAUGGGUGUGUCUAAACGGAAGUGCAUCGUCUGGGGCGUGGCCUUCUUGUCAGAUGGCACUGUCAUAAGUGUGGACUCUGCUGGGAAAGUGCAGUUCUGGGACUCAGCUACCGGGACACUUGUGAAGAGCCAUCUCGUCUCCAGUGCUGAUGUGCAGUCCAUUGCCGUGUCUGAUCAAGAAGACAGUUUCGUGGUGGGCACAGCCGAAGGGACAGUAUUCCAUUUUCAGCUGGUCUCUGUGACUUCCAGCAGCAGCGAGAAGCAGUGGGUGCGAACUAAGCCGUUCCAGCAUCACACUCAUGAUGUUCGUACUGUGGCCCACAGCCCAACAGCACUCAUCUCUGGAGGCACAGACACCCAUUUAGUUAUUCGUCCUCUCAUGGAAAAGGUGGAGGUAAAGAAUUAUGAUGCUGCUCUCCGGAAAAUCACCUUCCCUCAUCGAAGUCUUAUUUCCUGUUCUAAGAAGAGGCAACUUCUCCUUUUCCAAUUUGCUCAUCACUUGGAACUUUGGCGAUUAGGAUCCACAGUUGCAACAGGAAGGAAUGGGGAUGUUCUUCCACUCUCUAGAAAUGCAGAUCAUUUACUGCAGCUCAAGACAAAGUGUCCUGAGAACAUUAUUUGUAGCCGUAUCUCACCAUGUGGAAAUUGGAUAGCCUAUUCUACAACAUCGCGAUUCUUUCUCUACCGAUUGAGUUAUGAGCAUGACAACAUUAGCCUCCAAAGGGUCCCCAAAAUGCCAGCGUUCCUUCGCUCUGCUCUUCAAAUUCUGUUUUCUGAAGAUUCCACCAAGCUAUUUGUGGCAUCAAAUCAAGGAUGUCUCCAUGUCAACCAGCUGUCAGGAGGACACUUUAAGCAUCUACAUACUUUCCCACCCCAGUCAGGGACUGUGGAGGCCAUGUGUCUUUUGGCAGUCAGCCCAGAUGGGAAUUGGCUGGCUGCAUCAGGUACCAGUGCUGGGGUCCAUGUCUACAGCUUAAAACAGCUAAAGGUUCACUGCACAGUACCUGCAUACAAUUUCCCUGUGACUGCUCUGGCCAUCGCUCCCAAUACCAACAAUCUUGUCAUCGCUCAUUCAGACCAACAGGUGUUCGAGUUCAGCAUCCCAGACAAGCAGUACACAGAAUGGAGCCGGACCGUUCAGAAACAGGGCUUCCAUUAUCUUUGGCUCCAAAGGGACACUCCCAUCACACACAUCAGUUUUCACCCCAAGAGACCAAUGUACAUCCUUCUUCAUGAUACCUACAUGUUCUGCAUCAUCGACAAGUCUUUGCCUCUUCCAAAUGACAAAACCUUACUCUACAAUCCACUUUCUCACACGAAUGAAUCAGAUGUCGUUAGGAGGCGUACAACCCAUGCCUUUAAGAUAUCUAAGAAAUACAAGCCUCUCCUCUUCAUGGAACUCUUGGAUGAAAGAACACUAGUGGCCGUGGAGCGGCCCCUGGAUGACAUCAUCGCUCAGCUCCCACCACCCAUCAAAAAGAAGAAAUUUGGAACUUAA